AUGCAUUGGGUGAUUACCUGGAUCAACCUCCCAAAAAAAUCUGUUGGCGUCCUCGACAAGAAAAUUCAGUUCACUGCAGAUUCAAUCAAGAUCGAUGAACUUCAAGGACACGGAUCUAGUUGGAAAGACAACCAACAAAUUCCGGCACUGCCCAAUCCCCUGCGUGAAUGCCCCAACACCGAUGAUACUGAAGCUAUCACGAAGUUGCAAAACAAAACAAGCUUUUAUUCAAAACUCAACUACGCAAUCAAUUGCGCAUUUCUACCCAAAUCGACCUCUGUAGCCAUGAAAGCCAUCGAAUAUCUUAAUGAACAUGGGAGUGAUUCAGUAAAAGAAAAAUUAAAGCUUGAAAAGAAUAUGAUUGUUGCCUGCACCACUCUUGAUGUCGGCUAG